ACUUUCCGGCCCAUCGCUUGCUUUGAGGUUCCUUCCUUCUCCCUUCCCAGAUCUCGCUUGAUUUCCCGUCUUGUCUCACAGUCGUGAUACGAACCCAGGGCAGCAAAGAAGCAGAGGGCAAGCCUCAGUAAGCCUCCUGCUGCACAGGCAAGUGAUUAGACAACAUGGCUGAGCUAGGCGCCUCCUCUGGCGAUGUCGAACGCGGCACACUAGGUCUGGCUCCGUACUCAGAGCGACGUGAGUCGCGACGGUUUUCCCGUGUGUCCAACAAAGAGGAUCUCGAUGAUUCCGACGAGUAUUACAAGCUAUGUCAGUAUAUCUCCGCGCAUCGCGAGAAGGCAGAAGGCGAUGAGGAGGAUUUUGAUAAAGUGGAGAAGCGCGUCUGGUAUGCCCCAUGGAAGAAGAAGGUGGUGAGAGUGGUGAAGCACGACGACCAGCAGGCGAAUUACCCGCCGGACUGGAUCCUCACGGACAUCCACCAAGGCCUGUCUAGCGAGGAAGUGCCAAACAGACGGCGUCGCUCGGGUUGGAAUGAACUUGUGUCCGAGAAAGAGAACCCAAUCGCCAAGAUACUGUCUUACUUCAGAGGUCCUAUCCUCUAUGUUAUGGAAUUGGCCGUGCUUCUGGCUGCCGGUCUGGAUGACUGGAUUGAUUUCGGUGUCAUCAUUGGUAUUCUCUGCCUGAACGCCGCCGUUGGUUGGUACCAGGAAAAGCAAGCCGCAGACGUGGUCGCGAGCUUGAAGGGCGAUAUCGCCAUGCGGGCAACCGUAGUCCGUGAUGGUCAACAGCAGGAUAUUCUUGCUCGAGAGCUUGUCGUUGGUGACGUGAUCAUUGUUUCUGAGGGCCAGGUCGUUCCUGGUGAAGCCAGGGUUAUCUGCGACUACAAUAACCCCGAUGGAUUUCAAGAAUUCAAGACGGGAAUGGAACAAGGCACAUUUGACGAGCCCGAUGAAGGAAUCGCGAGCGACGAGGAAGAUGCCGAGCUUGAAAAGAGUGAAAAGCAAGUCGAGGGCGAGGGGAACGUGGAAGGAGGUCAGCAGCCGGGGAAGUCCCUGCGCGGAUACCCUAUUCUGGCCUGCGAUCACUCGAGCAUUUCCGGAGAGUCCUUGGCCGUGGACCGCUAUAUGGGUGACUUAAUCUUUUACACCACCCCCUGCAAGCGCGGCCAUGCCUAUGCUGUGGUUAGCGCCGGUGCAAAGGGCUCGUUCGUUGGAAGAACGGCCAAUCUGGUGCUCGGAGUCAAGGGCGCCGGCCAUUUCGAACUUGUCAUGGACAAUAUCGGAACCUCGCUGCUCAUCCUGGUUAUGGCUUGGAUCUUAGCUGCUUGGAUUGGUGGCUUCUUCCGCCACAUCCCCAUUGCCUCGCCCGGUCAACAAACACUUCUUCACUAUACUCUCGCCCUGCUGAUUAUUGGUGUUCCGGUCGGUCUACCUGUUGUCACCACAACGACAAUGGCAGUGGGUGCAGCGUACCUAGCAAAGAAGAAGGCCAUUGUGCAGAAACUGACUGCAAUCGAAUCACUGGCGGGCGUCGAUAUUCUAUGUUCCGAUAAGACGGGAACAUUGACGGCCAAUAAACUCAGUAUUAAAGAGCCAUACGUUGCAGAAGGUGUCGACAUCAACUGGAUGUUUGCUGUUGCCGCGCUGGCGUCGUCGCAUAACACCAAAGCCCUCGACCCAAUCGAUAAAGUGACCCUUCUUUAUCUCAAGAAAUUGCCACAAGCGAGGAAGAUCCUGUAUCAAGGUUGGGUGACCGAGAAGUUUACCCCUUUCGAUCCAGUAUCCAAGCGGAUCGUGACUGUCGCUAGCUGCAACGGGGUCCGGUAUACUUGCACGAAGGGUGCGCCUAAAGCCGUGCUGCAGUUGACCAACUGCUCCAAAGAAGUCGCCGCCCUCUACAAGGCUAAGGCACAGGAUUUUGCGCACCGCGGCUUUCGCUCACUCGGUGUGGCCGUGCAAAAGGAAGGUGAAGAUUGGCAACUCCUGGGCAUGCUGUCGAUGUUUGAUCCUCCCAGAGAGGACACAGCUACGACGAUCAGCGAAGCUCAGGCUCUGGGCAUCAGCGUUAAGAUGCUCACCGGUGACGCGAUUGCUAUUGCCAAAGAGACUUGUAAAAUGCUGGCACUUGGUACCAAGGUGUACAACUCGGACAGGUUGAUUCAUGGCGGCCUCAGCGGAGUCAUGGCCGGGGAUCUCGUUGAAAAAGCCGACGGCUUUGCCGAAGUGUUCCCCGAGCAUAAAUACCAAGUGGUGCAGAUGCUUCAAGAUCGAGGCCAUCUGACGGCGAUGACGGGAGAUGGUGUCAACGACGCACCCUCGUUGAAGCGAGCUGAUUGCGGCAUUGCUGUGGAAGGAGCCACCGAGGCAGCCCAAUCUGCGUCGGAUAUUGUGUUCUUGGAGCCUGGGUUGUCCACUAUCAUCGACGCAAUCAAGCUAGCACGGCAAAUCUUCCACCGCAUGAAGGCAUACAUUCAGUACCGUAUCGCGCUCUGCUUGCACUUGGAGAUCUACCUGGUCACGUCGAUGAUUAUCCUGAACGAAAGCAUCCGAGUCGAGUUGAUUGUCUUCCUGGCCCUGUUCGCCGAUCUGGCUACCGUCGCGGUGGCGUACGAUAACGCAUCAUUCGACCUUCGACCGGUUGAAUGGCAACUGCCCAAGAUCUGGUUCAUCUCGGUUCUGCUAGGCCUGUUGCUGGCUCUGGGAACGUGGGUGGUACGUGGCACCAUGUUCCUGCCGUCCGGGGGUAUCAUUCAGAACUGGGGCUCCAUCCAGGAGGUGUUGUUCUUGGAGGUGGCUCUGACGGAAAACUGGCUGAUCUUCGUGACGCGCGGCAUGGACACCUGGCCGUCCAUCCACCUGGUGACGGCGAUUCUAGGCGUGGACAUUUUGGCAACGAUCUUCUGUCUCUUCGGUUGGUUCAGUAACGAGAACAUGCCCACCAUCCCGGCGGAUCAGUUCGUGGAAACAACCAAUGGCUGGACCGAUAUUGUGACAGUGGUGCGGGUGUGGGGAUAUUCGCUGGGAGUCGAGAUCGUCAUUGCCUUGGUGUAUGUCAUGUUGAACAAGUUCAAGUGGUUGGAUAACUUGGGUCGGGCGAAGCGAGACAAGAGCGACUUGAAGAUCGAGAAUCUGCUGGGUCAUCUGGCUCGGUUGACAGUUGAAUACGAGGAGCCUGGGAAGCCCAGGGGCCGCUUCUCUCUGGCGGCCAGCAAGGAAGAGGAAGACAUGGAAUAGAUGGAGUCGCGAGUGGAUGAUUUCAGCGGGGAGAGCAGGAGGAUUGAAGCCAGAGACGAUUAGGUCUGGAGAGAACUGAGUGGGAUAAAGAGGAAGUGGAAGACGGCGAGGAGAGAGAGACAGAAGUGAAGGCAGGGAAAGAGGAGAAGGAAGAAAGUGCAAGAACGUAGUACGUGUUUAAUCAAGUAUAUAGGCUGUCCGACAGGUCAGUUCGUUGGAUGUGUUUAAAUAUAGUUGGGAUCCUCUUUUCGCUUCCA